AUGGCGGGACCUCACUCGCGUCUCGGGAGCGCGGGCGCCGGUCUGGGAGAGUGGCUCUCUGGAUGUAUUCUAAAAGAACUGGAAUCAUUGGGUAAAGCACUGUACGGAGCAAAAUUAAUUGCGCAGAGAUUUCAAGUUCGAAACUGUUCUCACCACAAGCAUCCUGUGAGUGGUUCGGCCUGUUUACUUUCCAUGAUUGAAGAAGGCAACCCUCAUCACUUCUUUAUCGCCACACAGGACCAGGAUUUAGCAAACAAAGUGAAAAAGAAGGUUGGCGUUCCUCUCCUCUUUAUUAUUCAGAACACUAUGGUGCUAGACAAACCUUCUCCUAAAUCUCUGGCAUUUGUUCAAAAGUUGCAGACAAACGAGCUUGUUCCGGAGCACCAAAAACAAAGUAUUGUGCAGCUUAAAGAAAAAGAAGGACUGGCAAAGCAAGAGGGUGAAAAGAGAAGAAAACGUAAAAGGGCAGGCGGCCCCAAUCCUCUCAGCUGUCUGAAGAAGAAAAAGAAGAAAACCCAGGAGGGUCAGGAGCCUUCUGCUGAAAAGAAGAAAAGAAGAAAAAGAAAGCGAAAUAGGGUUAAAGCAGAAGCCAUGCAAUCGGUGCAGAAGAGUGAAGAAGAAUAAACCCAGCAUCUCUGUAAACAGUGCUGGGCUUGAACAUUGAACUUUGCAAAAAGAAAGAUUAAUAUACAACCAUGUGAAAUCAAGUUGUUGAUAUUAAAACUUAUUUUUGUG